AGCUGGGACCAGAGAGGUAGGGAGUGCAGCGAAGCAAGGCAAAAAAAAUAAAAAGAAAGAAAGAAAAAAAGAGACCCACCGGGCACUAAAUCUCUGCAAAUGGACUUGUUGGGACAGUCAGUAGGCAGCACCUGAGUGACCACUUUAAGGAGAAAAUAAGGCCGGCUAAGAUCAAUACAGGACUUCAACUGUCUUCUCUUUGGCAUCCCCGUGGAUGCACGCAGAUUGAUCUGAAUGCUGAUCUGCAUCUUUUGAUCUGAGCCCAACUUCUGUGGAUAUUGCAGCUUUUUCCAGCUACCAUACCAGUCUGCUGGAGCCUGGACUCUAUUGUUGAGUUUAAGAAGCAGCGGGGGAGAGCGAGGGAAAAGAGAAUAUUGCCAUCCAUCUCUAAGUCCCUACAGCCCACCCUCGGCUUUGGACGCCCCUCCUCUCAGCCUCUUCUUUUGCCCCCCUGUGCCCUCCACAACACCCCAACCCAACCCCCUUCAGCACCUCCACCCCCCCAACAGAGCAGAAAGCGUGAAAAAUCUCACUAAUGGGUUUAUUUGCUGUCAGAUCUCCACAGAUCUGUCAUUCCCUUGGACCAUUCUGCUUGACACAUUUCAUAGUUGAGUAAGCCUCCUGGAAGUCUGGCUAGACUUAGCAGUGCCCCUGCAAACGCUGGGCUGGCUCAGAGCUCAUCAAGAGGGGAGCAGCAGUCAGUCUGACAGUCUCUUGGACAGGGAGUCCCUGAAGCUGCAUUCCUCCAGUCUCUUGUGUUUGUAAGCCUCGUGGGCAUCUUCAGCUUGCGUCCAACCACACGACUGGUCCUUUUCCAGAAGAUUCGGGUUGUUUCUGCAGGGAUUCAGGUGCUGAUUGAAAGACUGUGAAGAUGUGGUGUGGGGCUAUGCCUCUGGCCGUAGUGGCUGUGGUGUUCUGGACCCAGUGUGUCCUUCUAGAUGGAGUGGAUGCCAAGAAGGAGAGGAAGAGGCCAAAGGAGCCCACUCCACAGCAUACAGAGACGUACAACACAACUCUAUCCAACAGUGAAGAAGUUGGUGGGACCAUCAAGGGUUCUGAUCACCAGAGGGUUGAUCCACUGGGAUCAUGGAUGGACUUUGUGAAACGACCCGUUGGAAACUUUCCUGGAAAAUGUCGCAAACGCAAACGACCACUGCCAGGCCCACCCGGUCCUCCAGGUCCUCCAGGUCCCCAGGGUCCUCCUGGCUCUCCUGGGGCUCAAGUAACUCAGGAGGUUCUCCUGCAGGAGUUCAAAGAGAUGAUUAAAGAGGCUACAGAGAGGCGAACAGCAGCCUUGGACAGACAAACCAGCCCCAGCCAGCUACCUACAACCAUCCUCACCCUGGAGGGGAUGACCUCGUACCGCAGAAUAGAAGAAGCUUUCCACUGCAAGCUCAAGGGACCCGUAGUGGUCGACAAGAAGACUCUGGUGGAGCUCCAGAACUUUCAGACACCGCCUGCUAAAGGAGCUUUCCUCAGAGGGUCGGGAAUGGACCAGUCAACUGGGAGGUUCACAGCUCCCAUCACAGGGAUCUACCAGUUCUCUGCUAAUGUCCACAUUGAUCACAAUGAGGUGAAGAGGAGCAAGAGCCAGCUUAAGGCCAGGGACAAUAUUCGGGUGUUGAUCUGCAUCGAAUCCCUCUGCCACAGAUACACUUCACUGGAGAUGAUCGUUGGCUUGGAAAGUAACAGCAAGAUAUUCACUGUCAGCGUGCAGGGACUGCUGGAGCUGCAGGCUGGGCAGUACACCUCCAUAUUUGUGGAUAACGCAGCCGGUGCUUCCAUUACAAUACAAAACGGUUCAGAUUUCAUGGGCAUGCUGCUUGGUGUAUAGCCUCAAACACGAGCAGGGCAUCCUCCAAGCUGUCCACUGCUGCCUUUUAUUUUUUAUUUUCUUUCAAUGGACUGCUUAUGAGCACCGCCACACAGGACCAAACCACAGGGGAGGCUUGAAGGAAGGAUGUAAGUAAGGCUGACAUUGACUUGACUGCUUGUCAGAUGAAAGUCAGUGAAAGGACAGUGUGAAGCACUCAUGGACUGAGUUUGUUUCUCACAGCGCACUUCCACCUCCCCCCCAGGAACUUGGAUGCAUGUUGCUUCACAGAUAAGAUAACCUGAAAAUAAAAUGGAGAAUAUGUUUGUUACAGUAUAUUUUUCAUGGUUGUUGAAGACCUUUGCAGUAAACCAAGAUAUUUUUUUAUGUUCUCCGUAGUGGUUGAAAGAGCUAGGGAACACAAAAUAGUAAAUUUGUGCAUUUAAUGUAUAUUGACAUUCAUGUUUGUAUCUUUUCUAUCUAUUGUCUAAACACUCAUGAACUAUAAUUUUGUUGGAUUAAAAUCCAGUUUUAUUAUAUUAUAUGGUACAUAGUCUCCUUGAGUACACUGGACAGUUAAAAUAUGCUCAGUAGACAGGCCUCAUGUGAUAUUGUAUCAUAACUGUUGCUGCAUUUUUAGCCAUUUUAGCAUCAGUUAAGACUGAAAUAUUCAAUGGUGAGAGGAUGGAUUAGUUGUAUAGAGUUUCAUUUUCCGCAGACCCACAAUCCCACAAAUUUUGGUGAUCCUCUGACUUUUCCUCUACAGCCAAUACGUGAUGUUGACAUUUAUGAUUUUUGAGUUAAAUAUUUGAACAAUAAUGCCAUGAAAUUAACUGUUUGCUCCAGAAUAAAAUGUAAGCUAAUUUCAUCUGUGAUUCCUGAACUUUUCAGAUGGUAAUUUGACUUGUCCCACAGUUUUGUUUAUGACAUCAUUUUAGUGCCAGUUAACAAAUGCUAACACCCAAAUGCUAACAUCCCUGUGGCUAAACGUCACCAAUUUAAUACCAUAGACUGUAUAUAAAAAAUGGAUGUUUAAGAAAUGAAAGUACCACAACGUACCUUAAACUGCAUUCUAUCGAUGGCCAGCAGGGGAGCAACUAAAUUUUCUUGCCAAAGAAAUAUGUCUGAGAAUGGUCUUCCACUCUUCUAUUCUAUGACUUCUGUAAGCAAUUUCCAGACAUUUGUUCUCAAUUGCUAAAUUCAGGUGAUAUAUAUGAAUAAACUGUUAAGUCUUUUUUUUUGUUGUUGUUGUUGAAAAAGUAAGGAGGAUUAUGCAGCGUAUUCUUAUUUGCUGAAACUGGAAUUCAUACUACCAAUUCAUAGUUCAUGUCCAUUUGUGCAGGUAUAUUGCUACACUGAGUGAAGGAUUUUGUGUAUGUUUGACUGGAGUCCUUGAGAAAAGCCAUCAGCAUGUAACAGAUAAGCAGAAUGCUGAUUGGCUGAAAAAAGGAAAAGAGAGUGAAGAAAGUAGUAGGAAUAGCAAAACCCCCCAUGAAAGAUCAAACAGUGGCUGCAGUGGACACUUUUUAUUGUUUGUAACAUUGUAACAGUUUCACUUCAACACUUUGUAUGUUGUAACUUUGGUCUUCUCUGUGGUUGGCGGAAGGUCCAACAACAGCACAAGCUGCCCUCUGGUGACAGCAAAUAGCUAAAACACGUAGACAAUGGUCUGCAAAGCUCUGUGUGGUGACCAGUACACAACAAUGCCAGUUGCUUAAGAACAACAAAUUCAUGUGCAGCAUAGUCAGUUUCUAUUGGUGAUGGUAAAAACUUGACUGUCAAAAUGGGUCUUUCGUAACCAGUGCCUGACUACAUCCAUAUUUCAUAUACAGUCUGUGGUUGACACCUAGCCUUUUAGACUAUAGAAACAAGAGUUUUACAAAUACUGCUGAGCAUUUUUAUCUUCAACUCAUCUGAGAGGGAAGAAGUUAAAAGUUUGUGAUCUCAUCCACCUUGUGUGGAUACUCCUUUUCCACCACCUGGAUAUGUGUCCAUAUUGUUUGCGACAAAUGCCAAUAAAAUAAUUAGUUUUUAAUGUCAUGUCACGAGCACCUUAGUAACACUAUUGUCAGUCAAAGGCUUACUCUUUUUUGCCAUUUUUUAUCUCACUCUCAAGCAACUAUUCUUCUGCUUCAUGUUUACACCUGGAAUGGUCAAUGCAAUACAUUUAUAGGUCAGUUAGUGUAUAAGGAAAUUAAUAUACUCCAGUUUCCCUGUAAAAUAUUGUGUUUUUACAGCUUUUUAAAGAUUACGUAGAACAAUGUUUGGAUGAACUAAGAUUUUUUAUACAGUCCCCUAUGUUUUAUCUUUUACAAACCUUAAAUAUUUUUAUUGUAUUUUAUGAUUUUCUUGACAAAUACAUGUUUGUAAUUUAUCAUAACUGAUAUAUUAGUAAGUUUGGGAAGCAUUGAAAUUUGAUAUUUAUGUUUGAGAUCCACAGUUAAUGCCAUAAUCUAUACAGGAAA